UUCUACUAUAGAUCUGAAUUUCAGUCUCGUUUUUGCCGCGUCGCUCUAAAGGCGGGCUCGCGGGCGUUUUGUAUUGCAUUAUUGUUGUGGACGCGAGCGGCGGCCGGCACCUCUCGGCCUGAGCACAACCGGCGUCUUGAGGCACAUGUCUUGUAGACUCCUGAGAGUUGCAGCCGAGACGCGAGCGCGAGUGCGACAGGGACGGGGCGCCCUCACGUGUGCCUGUCAUACCCACAACUAUAAUAUAUAGCACACUAAAAUAUUGAGCACAAAAAAAAUCUGGCAAUUCGGAUCCUAGUACUGACGACCGGCAUUCAUAAUUUUACCUCAGGGUCAACUGUACGGCUCCGGUGUUUUUUCCUCGCCGGCUUUUUUAAAUGUUUAUUUUCACGGAGCACGUGGAUUUUUUGAGACAUUUUUGCGGAUCCUCCGCGGACUGCCUUCCGGACGUGUUGUGACGCCUAGUGUUACCUUGUUAUGUGAUAUAUAUUUUAGUGACAUUUAGAUAGGAACAAACUGUGAUUUUUUAUGGUGAUAUAGUUGGUGAUUUUGAAGACAAAGGGAUAGUGACAGCAGAUUGAAAAUCAAGGAUCUCGAAAAUUCCAUGACAAACAAAACAGUGGCCAGGAGGAUAAGACAGAAAAUAUAUAUUUUUAUAAGAUAGUGCCAAAUACCAAUUAGAUACGAAACUGUUAUAUAAUUUAGAUAGAAUUUUUAAUAAUAAUCCAUUCAAGAUGAUGGAAGGAAGAACAAUCGACUACAGGCCAGAUGGCGGUGGCUUAGACUAUCAUAAUUCGCCUUUAAUGGCCGAAAUACCAGUAGAUAAUUACUCUCAUAUACACAGAAGUAUAGAACAUUUAAGAUCUAUAGGUGUGCCGCCGCCCUUAGAUCACCAUAGACAUCUAGCGACGAAUUUAACAGACUUGAGAAGGUACGAACAUCCUGAUGAUAUACCAGAGAUCAAACCAUCAGUACUACGAUUGUCGGAGUUUAAAAAUGGCUUACAAGAUAUAAGGAUCCAUAACGACCAAGAGAAUGACGUUCAUCGGCAAAUGACACCUCAGGAUGAUGGCCCUAAAGGAUACAGUGCUCCAUCUACACCAUUGUCAGAAAAUGGCGGUCAAAGUUUACCCGAGGAAAAGGUACCGGGUGGAGAUAGACGUGGAAGGAAAAAGACCAUAUCGGAUCCAACGGACUUUAGGAUCCCGAAAAGCGCUAGCGACCCAACAGAAUGGGGGCUCCUGGCCUCCUCCGACCACGAGGUGUUCGGUUCAAAGGCUGAUCUACAGCUACACACGCAGAUUCAUUUGCGGGAAGCGAAGCCGUACCGCUGCACCCAGUGUCCGAAGGCAUUCGCGAACUCGUCGUACCUUGCACAGCACUCGCGCAUCCACCUCGGCAUUAAGCCGUACCGCUGCGAGAUCUGCCAGCGCAAGUUCACCCAGCUAUCGCACCUGCAGCAGCAUAUUCGCACGCACACUGGCGACAAGCCCUACCGUUGCACGCAGAUCGGUUGCACCAAGGCCUUCUCGCAGCUCUCCAACCUGCAGAGCCACAGCCGCUGCCACCAGACUGACAAGCCCUUCAAGUGCAACUCCUGCUACAAAUGCUUCACGCACGAAAAGGACCUGCUCGAGCACAUUCCCAAACACAAAGAAUCGAAGCAUUUGAAGACACACAUCUGUCAGUAUUGCGGCAAGAGCUACACGCAGGAGACUUACUUAAGUAAACACAUGAACAAGCACGCGGAGAGGGCAGACAAGCGGCCGCCCAUAUCCGCGCUUGGCUUGAGCGGCCUAAAUCGGUCGCUAGCGGCGGCUGCGCCGACCGCGACUCCAUUCGGUGAGCAUCCCUAUUGGCCUAAGGUGAGCCCUGACUCGGCGGCGCACAUGUCGGACGAGAGCGGGUACCACCAGCAACGCGAGAACGACGACCACCAUGAACAGCAGCUGCAGCAGCAACGCGCGCUGUUCGCGCAGCAUGACGGCCAGGAUGACCGUAUCCAGCCGCCGGUCUCCUCCGCCGCCAACUCCGCCUUUACGCCCAUCAACUCGAUGGCCCCGCACCUCAACGGUCUGUCACACCACAGCGCCCUGCCAACGCGGCCUUACCUCUACGAUCCGCUACACUUCCAGCAGGGCAAGCAGCAGCCGAACUCUUUCCCGAACCAGUUGAUAUCGCUCCAUCAAAUUCGAAAUUACGCACAUCAGCCGUCGGCGCUGCUGCCUGCCGAGCACAUCCUGCCGCACUCCCUGGCGCACAAAGACAAACAGUAAACUAACUUGCCCUUUUAUCUGUAGGCUUACCUACAUUAUAGUACUUAUGAUGGUAUUAUUAGUAUUUAAAAAAAUAUGAAAUAUUAUUAACAAAAAAAUUUAGAAUCUCUCUAUUGAACACUGGUAUUAUAAAUGUAUGAAAUACAAAAACUCGUUUAUCGUUAGUGAGAGAUACGUUCAAUGUUUUUUAGACUUUAAUCAAAAUUGUGUAUGAAUACUCUGAAUUUUUGUCGAAUAGAUGACGAUUGUAACCCGAGACUUAAUUGUGAUUCUAAAUAAUAGAAACCUUUGUGCCCUUUAUUUACUAGUUCUUCGUGAUAAAGCGACAUAUUUAAAAAGGUCCUAUCUUUGUCUAGAACUAGUCAAUAAAUAGUGCAAAGAGAAAAGUCUGUACACGAAUGAAAACUUUGAAGCAUCACAUAGCCUAAUACAAUUCUAAGUUAAUACGAGUCUGGUAAUUGUGAAUUUUUUCUAAUAUUUCAUUGUAAUUAUAUUUUUAUAGUGGCACCUUUAAUUUAAUCAUCGUCAUUUAGAUACGGUGUCCAUAAAAUUCAGAGUUCCUGACAUUUAUUGUUAUUAUAUAAAAAAAACUACUUGACAUCACGAGUACUGUAUUUGUUUGUGUUGCAUUUCGUCGUACACAAAUGUCUAUUGCUGACAGCAGAUCUCUCAUCACAUUUGCACUCAGUUCCUACUUAGAUCGAAUAAUUCCUGUUUUAUUUAGCUUUAUUCAAAAUCACUCAAUGAAUUAUUUGGUUUCGAUAAUUCUAGAAAAUGUAGUCUUCCUUCAGAAUCGGUAUUGUAUCUCUGAAAAUCUUCUUCCAUGAUUUUGGGGGUCGAAUAUAUUUUUUAUUAGCAUUUGUAUUAUAUUUUAUAUGAACCAUCAAUGAGUGGCCAAAAUAGCUUGUUCAUUUCUACCUGCAGGAGAAAGCGCACGUUUGUACAUAUUGUGUAAAUAAUUAAUCCAUUUUGAGGAUAUUUGAAUACUUAUUGACAACAUUUAUUUUUCAAUUUAAGUCUUCAAAGCUUAUGCUCAAUUUUAUUAGACGUAAGUACCUCGUCUGGGCCCCUGAUGUUCAGAAUUUUAUGGUCCGUACAAUUCAAGAAUUUAUUCUUUAUGUAUCCGCAAUAAAGAAACAUUUUUUGAAUUGUAUUUUUUUUUGGAUGAUUUAAAUGAAAUUGUACUUAAAAUGUUUCCGUUUACGGUUGAAUAUGAUUUUGUAUACGAAAUUUUCUUUUUUUUUUCGUUGAUUAUGUCUAAAUGAGGAGAGGUUUAGAGGAAAUUGUGAUAGGGAACGGAUGUGGGUGAAAAUGUUCGGAUGUCCUUUCUAAAUUAAUUUGCUGUAAUUAAGUUUAAAAUUUGUUAGGUUGUGGUUAUAUGUGAUUCGGACUUAGGUUCCGUAAGUUAGAAAGCCGUCUGUCGACACGUCACAAAGCUUUCCUUUAACGUUUUAAUAUUGUUCUCAAUUUGGAUCUACGGCAAUAUGUUUUCUUCCGAAUUUUUUUAGUAUAAUGUAUCGAGGAGUCCUUUAUUAUAUGAUCAUGACAAGCCAAGAUUUUUUUAUUAUCCAAAUGUUUUUUUUUUCUUUCGGUUGUAAGGGAAAUUAAAAUCGCCAAUAUCUCUCUA